AUGGCCUCCUCCAUGCCCAUGCCCAUGGUAUUCACCACUUCCCACCACACCCCUCUUUAUGGAAAUGGAUGGACGCCCGCCACGGGGGGCGGCUAUGCCGGCACCUGCAUAUUCCUAGUCUUUCUAGCCAUCGCCCUCCGCCUGGUCUUCGCGGUCAAGGCUGUGUGCGAACAGAGAUGGGCAAUCGCCGCACGGAGACGGCGAUUCGUGCUGGUCCAAGGGAGGACCACCGAGGCUGGGCGGAUCGAUCAGGAUCCCGAUGCAAAGACCGGCGCUCUCAUCACGGUCAACGGCGUCGAGGAGAACGUCAAGGUCGUCCAAGCCAGAGACGCCUUCGCUCCCUUCCGGCUGUCGAUCGACGUCCCCCGAGCCAUAAUGACCACCAUCAUUGCAGCCAUUGCAUACCUGCUGAUGUUGGCUAUCAUGACGAUGAACGUGGGCUACUUCCUCUCCGUGCUUCUGGGGGUAUUCCUGGGCGAGUUGGCCGUGGGCAGAUAUGCCCGGAACGACGAAAACUUUCACUGA